AUGGGCGUGAAAGAUCUGCUGAGUUGGGUCAGAAAAACCCAUCCUCAAGCUAUUACUCAGUAUCCCCUCAGAUGGGCUUCACCCGAAUUGAAGGGGAAAAAGGUAGCCAUUGAUGCGACCUUGCUCACGAACCGAUACCACUUCGCGUCAAGAGACGGUCCGCAUAAAGGUAAAGGUGAGAUUGUGGGAUGGUACAACCUGAUAUCGGAGAUGAGGGCUUAUGGAGUGAAGCCCGUCGCGAUUUGGGAUCAGAGGGGAGUAAGAGAAUGGAAGGCUCCUGAGGCUCUUCGCCGUCUCGCUGUUCGAGGAGCUCAUCUAGCUCGGCGGAAUCACGAAUUCGAUCGAUCAUCUCGACUAGAAUCCCUGCGUGAAGUGUUACAGGAAUUCCAAUCGAUGCAUGAAGAAGAGAAAGAUAUAGUCCGAGCACACUGGGAAACGACGCGAUUCAUGUUCCUUCGACCUAGAGAAGAAGAAUUCAUGGAAUGGGAAACAUCCAAAGCCAUGAAAAAAGAGAAAUCUCCACCGAUAGCAUCACUUCCGCCUCCCAUUUCUAUCCAAGAACUACCUCUCACCCCUCCGCCUACGCCACCUUUACCUGAAGGUAUGAUCGAACCUAGCAAAUCCGCUCAACUGAGCUCAACGCUCUCAGAAGCAGAUGCAGAGGUUAUCGAUAGGGUGGUGAAUUUCAUCGAUACGCUAGCACCAUUAGUCCAAGAAUACAGGGAAUCACAUAAACCUUCAUCAAAGAAAGAUACUUUAGAGACAGAUGGAUUGGGUCUAGGCUUAGGGGAAGGUAUAGUAGAAAUGGAAGAGGAAUUGAGAGAAUGGGUGCCUUCGAAAUCUACCUCACUCGACGUUGUUGAAGACGACAGAGUCGAGAAAGUUGAAGAAUUAGAUCAAGCUUUAUCAGAAUUAGUACCUUCCAAUCGAGUUGGUGAAACUCCUAGACAAAUGGCUUUGACACUGAAAGAAGGUGAAAUCAUUUCGUCAAUGUUAUCUACGCCUCCUUCACCUCCCUUCAAGGAAAUUGGUCACUUACCAACUCCGCCUUCGUCACCUACAAUCGACGAGACAUAUCCUGAGAUAGAGCCUGAUCCAUUGGAAAGACUGGAUGAUUUAAUAUCAGAUCUACCAUCAGUCAGAGCGAUAUACGAAAGGGCACUGGAUAUACCCAGUGCGGCAGAUCAUGAAGAUUGCAAAGAAUUACUGAGAAUAAUGGGCGUUCCUGUAUUGGAAGCGAAAAUUCCUUACGAAGCCGAAGGUCUAGCUUCUGCCUUGGCGAAGAACGGAUUCGUCGAUUUUGUCGGGACGGAAGAUAGUGAUGUUCUGGCAUAUGAGGGCCCGCUACUCAAACAUCUAUCCCCUAUAACAUCCCAUCUAUCCUUGAUCACUGGACCCGAUCUACGUCAACUGACAGGCCUAUCUCCUUCGGCAUAUCUCGAUUUCCUGGUCUUACUAGGAACAGACGCCUCACCUCGUAUACCCAAGAUCGGACCUGUGAGCGCUAUCAAAUUGAUCAAAUCGCAUGGAUCCAUAGAAUCGAUCUUAGAGAAAGAACCCAAAAUCGCAGAUAGGAUAAUUGAUAAAGAAAGGUUCAUGGAGAUGGUUAAUAAUGCCAGAAAAGUAUUUACCGAAUUGCCUCCAACAAGUCAAUAUUUAGAAGAAGGCAAUACCGAAUUAGAGGAAAUGGAAUGGAAUGACGAGGAUGUGGAAAGGUUAUUGGAAGAGAGACAUGGUAUCAAACUCAUCGAAGCGAGACAAGAGAUUCAACAGGAAUAUAUAUAA